AUGUUGAGCACUAACUUAUUUCAGGUUAAAACAACAAAGGAGUUGUUGGAACAGAUCCAGUCGCGCGGCAGUAAGCCGGCCGCGUCGCCUGCCUCGCCGCGCUCUCCCGCCUCGCCAGACGUCAUGCUAAUAGAGCCCGACACGUUCGUGAAGGCGGAGUCUCCACUACGGAACGGCGGCACGACCCCCCGCCCCCCGUCCCCCUGCGCGUCCCCCGCGCCCCCGCUGUCCCCGCUGGAGGAGCCGCGCGAGGAGCUGCAGUGCACGUGCGAGGAGUUCGAGCACGAGCAGUGCCCGCUGCGGGCGGCGCUGGGCGCGCGCGUGCGGCCGCGCCACGUGCACGCGCUGCACCACGCGCUGCUGCCCGGCCUCAACGGCACGCGCGCGCCGCCGCUGCCGCAGCGCUUCGCAGUGCGCGCCGCGCCGCACGCCACCGACCCCGACCUCUUCGCCAGCGUCGUGCCGCUCUACAAGUACUCCGACUACGCGGACGACUACUGCGUCAAGAACAUGUCGCGCGUGCCGCUGUGUACGCACCUGCCCUGGACAGAGUUCGCGCCGCCGCCCCCGGACCUGCCCCCGCCGCCCGAGCCGCCGCCGCUGCGGCCCUACCCGCCAAUCGACCCCGAGCCGGCGGAGGCCAGCGAAGACGCUGAGCAGGACGAAGUAGAUGUGAAACCCGACGUGAAGCGGGAACCCAAGGAGCACACGGAGGUGGAGGCCGAGAUGGUCGAGCGAGAGACUGAAGGCGCCCCUGCUGUCGGCCGAGGAGAGUCGCAGCUGGGGGUGGCGCGGCGCGAGGCGGAGUCCCCCGCGCGACAGUUCGCGGCCGCCGCGCCGCAGCACCGCAGCGUGCCGCGCACGAGAGCGGAGCCCGCCUCGCUGCUGGCCGACGCCACGGCCGCCGCCUCGCUGGCGCCCUUCAGCUACGCGCAGCUGGACGGCGCGAGCGUGCUGCCGCGCGCCGCGCUGGCCAGCGACGCGGCGCUGGCGGCGGCGCUGGCGGCGGCGCCGGCGGAGCGCGACGGGCUGGGCCGGCCGGCGCGGGCCGCGCGGUUCGCGGAGUGGCACGAGUGCGCGCGGCUGGGCGAGCUGGUGGCGCUGCCGUACGUGGUGCUCGACUGA